GCAGCUAGAACCAAUCGUUUUAAGAACGUUAAUACCUGGGCAAAACACAAAAUUGAAGUCAAAAGCAAGAUGAAGCCAAUCCUAGUUGCUGAUGAAAUGUUUCCUGAAGGUGCUGGUCCAUACAUGGAUUUAGAAGAGGCAGGGGGAUCAACUGGUCUUUUGAUGGACUUGGCUGCCAAUGAAAAGGCUGUUCAUGCUGAAUUUUUCAAUGACUUUGAAGAUUUGUAUGAUGAUGAGGAUCUCAAAUAAAAUGUAAGAGUUGAUCAAAAAACGUUAUAUUGUUUUGUUUC